GAUUUGUCUCUCGACGACGUCGUCCAGUUACCACCAAUGUCCAACGGCACCGAACCAGGAGGGCCGCCGCCAGGAAGCCCUCCUACAAUGAAGUACGAGGGGCCCUGGUUCACCACGCAGCUCUUACUUUCCGGCUCGAUAGGAUUGUGGUCAUUUCUCAUAUUCUCGUAUUGUCGGACCCGUUGGCCUCUGUAUUUUGCCCCGAGAACGAAACUGAAAGGUUUCUCUCCUCACGAAGCCCACACCCACCCGGCAUUUUUUGGAUGGAUCCUGCCCACGAUACGGACGUCAGAGUUCACAGUGCUGCAGAUAGUCGGCCUGGACGCAGCUGUGCUCCUCAACUUCUACAAAAUGUCCUUUUAUCUCUUCUCCAUAUGCUCCUUAUUUGCAAUCGGAAUCCUCAUGCCGAUCAAUUGGAAGCAAAACAAAGAUUUAGGGGAUGCCGAAGAUUGGCCUGAUGAAAGCGGGGAUUGGCCAGACGACGGCUACAACAACGAUUGGCCUUCUCUCUUACGAACCUCAUUCGUCACGACACUCAAUGGCACUCUUCCUACUCAGCCAGGGAGCGAUUGGCUCGACCUCCUGACUGAUGCAAGCACCUAUCUCUCGAUACACCUUGUCUUUACCUACCUCUUUACGCUUCUCGCACUUUACCUGACUUACAAGAACUAUCGCCGCUUCAUACGCUCACGACAGCUUUUCUCGUUGGAAUUGGUCCAUUCUAUACCUGCGCGAACGAUCAUGGUUACGAACCUCCCGUCACAUCUCCAGGGGGAGCGCGCUUUGGCAGAAUACUUCGAAAACAUGUCUUUGGCAGUCGAGAGUGUGACUGUCUGCCGUGAGGUUGGCACCCUCAAGAAGCUUUUGGAUCAGCGAACUGCUGCGCUUUUGGCUCUGGAGAGAGCGUGGGCGGCUUAUGUUGGAAAUCCCAGCUCCGUCGAAGCCUAUGAUCCGGAGGAAAGCGUGAUGCCUCUGGUUGAUGUCGAUGUCGAAGCACCUCAGCCACCUCCGACACGGCUUGUCGUUCCUCACCGAAAACGUCCGACGCUUCGUCUAGGCUGGUUCAAGCCCAAGGUGGACGCGCUGGAAUACUUAGAGACGCGUUUCAAGGAGCUUGACGAACAGGUGAAAAAGAAACGGCGAACUGGCAGGUUCAAGGCCACCCAAGCUGCCUUUGUGACAUUCGAGAAAAUGUCUAGUGCACAAGUAGCCCUUCAAGUCGUCCAUGCAAAUAAUCCAUGGCAGUGUACAACAUAUGCUGCCCCGGAGCCGCGUGAUAUUGUCUGGGCCAACAUGACGCCAUCUCAGGCUCUCAUACGGACGAGGGACGCCCUCGUGUUAGGCGCCUUAGCUCUGCUGUUCUUCUUCUGGUUCUUCCCCAUCACAGCGCUUGCUAGUCUUCUCAGUUACGAUGAAAUCAAGCGGACUUUACCUUGGUUGGGCCGGCUAAUUGACAGAAAUGCUAAGGUUCAGGCUGUGGUCCAAAACUCUCUGCCUUCUGUUGCGAUGAUCACUCUGAACGCAUUACUUCCCUUUUUGCUGGAAGGGUUGACUUACCUACAGGGCUAUCGUGCCCGAAGUUGGAUCGAAUACUCGCUGUUGAAAAAAUACUUCCUUUUUCUGCUAAUCAAUGUGGUGUUCAUUUUCCUCCUUGCGACAACUUAUUGGCAACUCGUUCGAGAUCUAGCCAAUUACCCAGCGAAGAUUCCAGAAAAAUUGGCAAAGGCUCUUCAGUCAGGUAAAGCUCGAAAUUUUUUCCUGUCUUAUGUCAUUCUACAAGGCUUGGGUAUAAUGCCGCUGCAACUCCUAAAUCUCGGUAUAAUUGUUCCUCGAUCUAUUCUGCGACUAUUUGUUACACGAACUCCGCGUGAUUUCGCGGAGCUAAAUGCUCCUCCUAUGAUCAACUAUGGUGUAGUCUAUCCCCAGGCUAUACUCAUCUUUACUAUUACGAUUCUUUACAGUGUCGUACAACCGCUCAUCGUCAUUUUCGGAUCUGUGUACUUCGGCGUAGCCUACGUUGUCUACAAGUACAAGCUUCUGUUCGUGUUCUACAAACCCUACGAGUCCCAGGGGCAGGCUUGGCCGUUGACCUUCAUACGUCUGAUAUGGGGCGUUGUGAUAUUCCUGGUGUUCAUGACCGGCUUCUUCAUCCUCUCUAAGUCGUUUAUCAUGGCGUCCCUUCUCAUGCCAUUGUUAGUGGGAACAGUCGUAUGGUCAUGGUGGGUUGAUGAAUCGCUGAAGCCGUUGAGCGAGUUCGUGAGUUUGAGCUCCGUGUAUGAGGUAGAGAGGGGGGAGGAGACAGCAGAUGUAGUGAGAUUAAGAGCAGGCCACCCGGUUACAUGGUCACAGAGCAACCUGAAUCGGAGGAGGUACGCCCAAAAUGAUGAUACCUUGUAUGUUGCGCCUGAAGACGAACGGACGGAUUAUUCGCAACCGCCGAUGGCUAACUGGUAUAGCGGUGUCUUAAACACUGGCAAGCGGCGUUACGGGCAUCCAGCCCUCAAUGGCGUUCUACCUGAACCCUGGCUACCUCUCAAGAAGGGCCAAACACUCGUCAACGGUGAUCGGAAUGUUGGCCAUCGACAGAGCCGAGAUUCAAAUCAAGCUGUUGUCCUGACGCUGCGCAAAAAGCCAAGCAAAGUGCGGCGGGCAAAAGCGUCCAACCCUCCCACAGAAGAGUCUUAUACCGACAGCGUGUCAGGUCCCUCAGAUCACGCCGUGUCGAGCAAUCCUUGGGAAGACGCACAAGCGCCUCCUGCACGGCGCGCCCAGACUGAGCCGGUACCACUCUCCCAUCGGUUGAGCUAUGAUCAGGCGUCGGGGGUGAUCAUGCUGCCGGAUGACGACCGUUGGAUGGGAGAUGAGAUCGAUAGCGAUGAGGAGGAUUAUGGGACUGUAACUGAUGAUACUACGCCCAGGGGGGCUGCGAGCGAGACGGUGGCAAGGAGCCAGCCGAUACCGAUGAGUCCGGGACGUUCCAGGUACGGGACGUACUUCCACCAUCCGGAGCGGAGGAGGCAGCCAAUACCUGGUGCUUUCCCAAGAUCAUAAGUAGUAACUUAUCUCCAAACUUGUUUGCAUGGAUGGCUGGGUUGCACGUUUGAGUACUUAAUAUUUUGAUACCCUCGUAAUAUACAUACUACGACGCAUAAUUUCAUACAUGGAACGGAUGCUAAGAAGCGUUUUGGAAUGGAG